AUGGCGACUCAGGAUGGAAGUGCAGAUGUCAUAAUGGAAUCUGACACAAGGCCAACUGAUGAUGAACCACUGGAGGGCGAGUCAGAAAAUACGUCUAAAACGGAUUUGACAAACGCCACAACUCAGGACUGUAGUAUUAGCAACGGGGACGAGGCAGACGAGCAGCAGGAGAUGGUUGACUUGAAAAUUAUCUGGAAUAAGAAUAAGUAUGAUCUGAAAAUUGGUAUUGACAGCACUGGAGCCAAAUUAAAAGAGAAAAUUCACUCACUCACUGGUCUUCCACCAUCAAUGCAGAAAGUGAUGUACAAAGGACUGCUCCCUGAAGACAAAACGCUUCGGGAAAUAAAGGUUACGAACGGUGCAAAAAUAAUGGUAGUAGGAUCUACGAUGAACGACGUUUUAGCUGUGAAUACGCCCAAAGAGGUUGUCCAGCAGGAAGUCAAAGCCGAGGAAAACAAGAAGGAACCUUUAUGUAGGCAAAAGCAACAUAGGAAGGUCUUGGAUAAAGGUAAACCAGAAGACAUAAUGCCAGCUGUCAAAGGAACCAAGGAGCGAUUACCAACAGUGCCUUUAUCCGGGAUGUUCAACAAAUCCGGAGGAAAAGUUAGACUCACUUUCAAACUGGAGCAGGAUCAGUUGUGGAUCGGAACAAAGGAGAGAACAGAGAAAGUCCCAAUGGGCUCCAUUAAGAACGUAUUGUCUGAGCCCAUCGAAGGCCACGAGGACUAUCACAUGAUGGCUUUUCAGCUCGGUCCAACAGAAGCCUCUCAAUACUGGGUCUACUGGGUGCCUGUCCAGUUUGUUGAUGCAAUCAAAGACACAGUCCUUGGAAAAUGGCAGUAUUUCUAA